AUGGAUAAAACUUGGAUGCAAAAAAAUAGACGAAGCAAAGAAUAUUGGGAUGGUUUGCAAAAAUUCUUAGAUUAUGCAUUCCAGAAUUCAAGUAUAAAUGGGAUGAUAUUAUGUCCAUGUAAAGAAUGUAAGUGUGGUGUAUGUGUUACCAGGGAGAAUGCAGAACUUCACUUGAAAGUUUAUGGUUUUGUUAAAGGAUACACCCAUUGGGCAGCUCAUGGAGGAUUUGUUUACUCUAGUGCACCAAAACCUACUUCUCAUGAUAUCUCACAUGGGGUACGGGAUGAACUUGAUGACAUGCAUGGUUUGGUUCAUGAUGCAUUGGGAAUUUCUGAACAAGAUCAUACAAAGAUAGAUGGAACUGAAUACAAAAACCAAUUGCCUAAUGGAGAAGCUGAAAAAUUUUACAAUCUGAUUGAUAAUUCUAACAAAGAGCUUUACUCUGGAUGUAAAAGAUUCUCAAAACUUUCCUUUAUGAUUCGGUUGCUUCACCUCAAAUGCCUUGGUAAACUUAGCAACAAAAUUUUUGAUAUGUUACUUGAUUUGUUGAAAGAAGCCUUUCCAGAUGCGAUGGAUGGUUUGCCUAAGUCUUAUUAUGAAGCUGAAAAGUUAAUGAAAGAAUUAGGACUUGGAUAUGAUAAAUAUGAUGCAUGUCCGAAUGACUGCACUUUGUAUUGGGGAGUAGAUGCAAGCAGAAAGCAUUGUGAAACAUGUAAAGAAUCCAGAUGGAUUAAAUCUGAAAAUGAUCCGACUGGCCAUAUGAGAUGGCAUGUAGAGGGUCGUACUAAGGAUGGUAAUAUGAGGCACCCUGCUGAUUCUCCAUCUUGCCAGACCUUUGACUUUUAG